AUGAAAAGAUAUGUCUGCCUAAACAUGAAUAGAGAGGACACAUUCAUACAAUUGCAGUCAAAUGCAAAAAAAAAACCUGGAAGACAAGGGUGCCCAUAUUUAUUAAAGAAAUUUCCCCUUUGGACCACCAUUGGACUGUAUCAUGAUUCUAUCAUCAUGACUCUGUGUAGUCCUGGUCUCCCAUUAACCCAAAAUGGAGAUGCUGAAUUGAAUACAUUGAGGAAAUCCAUGGUUCACGAGGCUCAAAAUGGCAAUGUCCGUCUAAGGAUUCAACACGCAAGGAAUUAUGCAGUUUCCCAGGCGCAGCAAGAUGGUUGCACUGGAAACUUUAAAAGUAUUAUCUUGUUCCUGUGAUUCCAACUUGUGCAGAGCUUGAUGGAUGAGACUUCUGGUUGUAUCCUAGUAAAACUCCUCCUAGAGUGGAAGUACGCCCAAAUCAAGUUUUUUAUCUGUAUAUUGUAGUAUUCUAUACAGUAUCUUAUGUUGUAGAAUCUGCUAACUAGAUAUCUUGAAUAUUAGCUUGAAUACUAGUUGGCCUUAUUCAAUACUAUUCUGCCAUAGGAAGUCUGUGCAGAAAAUUUUAACAUGACAA